CUUAUGAACAAAAUAUGAUCAUCAAAGUAUAUCCUAUAAUUAUGUUCUAAUCGGACUUGUAGAAAGAAGGAAGAGGCCUACGGUAUCCAGGCAGAUGUACACAACCAACCAAAACAGUAGUCGAAGUUUGACAGACGCAAACUACUAGGUCAUUCAAUACCAAUUGGGUUUCGGUUAAUUGUAAUCCGUUGGUCGACGGUUUUUGUUGGAAAUCUUUGCACUUGGCAUCAACUGAAUUUCUUGUCAAAGAUAACCUAAUCGUAUGCCUUUUCACCUUCGAAUUUGUAGGUCGUUGGUUUGGCGUAUUAUUUCAAUUGUAUGAGCUUGGAUCUGGAGAUUGCUGGAGUGCUACGUGUUUAUCUUAUAUAGGUUUUGAUAGAAUUGGGGGAUUUGUUGUUGCUUUAUGCUUGAUGAGAUGAAAGAGGUGGACAGAUCUGAGCAUCCAGGAACUGUGGUAAAGAAAAAAGGCUCUUCUGGGUGUUUGAUUACUAAAAAGAAGGUAACAGAUAGUGUGAGAGGGGCUAGUGGGUUUAGUGAUUCAUCUUCGAGGAAUCUGUUCAAAUCUUCAAAGAAGAAAAGGAGACGCCGAGUUGUUGGGAGUGAUUCAAAGUCAAUUGAUAACCAAUCGGAAACUAUGCGCCAGAAAGUUGAUAGCUUUCGUAAUGGUUCGGUUGUUUACCAGGCGGCUUAUUUGGAAGAUGAAGAAUUUGGGAUCGAGAAAAGGGUAAGUAAUGGAUUAGAUGUAUUUGAAUUUGAUGAGUAUGAUGGGUUUGAUGAGAGAAGAAUUAGGAAGGAUGCUAAUGAUGGUAGCCACAGGUGGAAGUUAUAUAGGCGAAGUGGUGACUCAAUGGAAUCUGGAAACGGUGGUAGCGGGAUGAGUGCUGAUAUAGGAAGUGACUUCCAUCACAAUAAGAAGAGUACCUUGUUUGCUACCGACUGUAGCAGGCCUACUUAUGGCGCUGCAAGUCGGUCUGAGAUGGAGGAUGAUGAAUCAGACCUACCCCUUUCAGUUUUGAGUAAGAAGUACCGAUUAUCUUCAAAGAAACCUAUUAGAUUGCAAGGGAAAAAUGGUGUUUUGAAGGUAAUGGUAAAUAAAAAUAAGCGUAUGGGUGUUUCACGUAGAAGUUCUGAUCAUGCGGAAGUUGAAGAUCAGAAAGAACCCAUGCUUAGAGUUCUGCAAAAGAAAAAGUUGAAUGCGUGCGUUCAAAGCAGUGAGCAUAGGACGAAAGAUGGACAGAGUUCCAGGUCUGAAGAUACUAACAAGAACAAAGCAGCGAUGGGAACCUCAUUUUACUCAAAUUCUAAGUUUGCUGGAAAGCCUGCCAUGUCCAGAACUAAGGAGAAAGGUGGGCUAAAAUUUCUAAAAUCAAAGCUGGCAAACUCCAGUAAGGAGAUCAAUGAGGGUGACACACUAAUGCAUUUGAAAUCAUGUAGCAGAGGGGAAGUGGUUAAAAAUGAAGGAAUUAUUAGCCCACUGACAGAGAAUGCUAACCGAAUUAAGGGAAAGGAAAGCAAGGUUAAGCGAGGUAGUAGGACUGAAAAGCAAUUAUUAAGAGAGAAAAUUAAGAAUAUGCUUUUUGCUGCUGGCUGGACCAUUGAUUAUAGGCCAAGAAGGAACAGAGACUACCUGGAUGCUGUCUAUAUUAGUCCUCCUGGAACUGCUUAUUGGUCUAUAAUUAAAGCUUAUGAGGCCCUUCAAAAGGAAGAGGAAGAAUAUUCUAAAGCUGAAGGGAUUUUUACUCCUUUAGCUGAUGAAAUACUUGGUAAAUUAACAAGGCAAACCCGGAAGAAGAUAGGAAGGGAAAUGAAAAAGAAGAGAAAAAGUGAAGACAGCAGUAGGAAUUCGAAAAAAGCUGAAGUGAAUGAAGUAGCUGACAAUGCAGACAGUAACUGGGAGGAAGAGAAACUGAAUUCAUAUGUGAAGCAUAGCCGUAAGUCGAAGAAAAACAGAAUAGAGGAAGAUAGUCAGAACAGUGAUGAUGAUUCAAGUGAGAAUUCUUACAACGAAAUACCCAGGAAUGAUAGGGCUGCAAAGGCAACUGUUAGUACCAAUUCUGACACAGUACAUGGAAGAAAAAGUAGGAAAAUUGGCAAAUGUACUUUGUUGGUUCGCAGUUCUGACAAGGGGCCAUAUUCAGACAAUUAUGGGCUUGUUCCCUAUUCAGGAAAGCGAACCCUACUUUCCUGGUUAAUCGACUCAGGAGUGGUGCAUAUGAGUGAAGAUGUGCAAUAUAUGAACAGUAGGAAGACACGAAUAAUGCAAAAAGGCAGGAUUACAAAAGAUGGAAUCCAUUGUGGUUGCUGUAGCAAAAUUGUACCGGUGUUGAAGUUUGAGCUACAUGCAGGAAGCAGACUUCACCAGCCAUUUCCAAACAUUUAUUUGCAGUCUGGAAAAUCACUGAUGCAGUGUCAGAUUGAUGCAUGGAAUAAACAAGGAGAGUUGGAGCAAAAGGGGUUUUACACUGUAGAUGUUGAUGGCGAUGAUCCUAAUGAUGAUACGUGUGGUUUAUGUGGCAAUGGUGGGAAUUUGAUCUGUUGUGAUGGUUGUCCAUCAACCUUUCACCAGAGUUGCUUAGACAUACAGAUGCUUCCGCAAGGAGACUGGCAUUGUCCAAAUUGUUCUUGCAAAUAUUGUGAAAUAGAUGGUGGGAAUUGCACCGAAGUCUGUGAUAAAAAUGAAGCUUCACUUUUUGUGUGCUGCCUUUGUCAGAAGAAAUAUCAUGAAUCAUGCAGGCCAGAGACUGAUCUCAAGCCAACUGAACCCAAUCAUCUAAACUUGUUAUUCUGUGAACAGAAGUGCCAAGAGUUACACAGGCGCUUGCAGAAGCUUUUUGGGGUCAAGCAUGAAUUGGAUUCAGGAUUUUCAUGGUCUCUUAUUCGUCGAUCUGAUUUAUUAACAGAUGCGUCUUCUAUAGAACUUUCUCACAGGGUGGAAUGCAAUUCUAUGCUCGCUGUUGCAAUGUCCGUUAUGGAUGAGUGUUUUUUACCGAUUGCUGAAAGGAGAAGCGGGACCAAUUUAAUUCGUAAUGUAGUCUUCAAUUGUGGAUCAAACCUUGGCCGGUUAAACUACAGUGGCUUCUCUACAGCUAUUCUGGAGAGGGGGGAUGAAGUUCUUUGUGCUGCAUCCAUCAGGAUCCAUGGAACCCAGCUAGCAGAGAUGCCCUUUAUUGGUACUCGUCAUAUAUAUAGACGCCAAGGGCUGUGCCGUCGGUUAUUAUCAGCUAUUGAAUCGGCUCUUUCCUCCCUCGAAGUUGAGAAAUUGAUUAUUCCUGCUAUUGCUGAACACAUGCAUACAUGGAAUGAUGUUUUUGGUUUUCAUUCAUUGGAGGAAUCACACAAACAGGAAUUGAGGUCUAUGAAUAUGUUAGUGUUUCCUGGGACUGAUAUGUUGCAAAAGCCACUAUUGAAGCGCAUUCCCAAGGGUAACAAUGCCAUUGAAGUAGGCGGCUACAUGGCCUUGUCCGGAAAAUCUGAGUUGAUUUCUUCUGACAAAACGGUUGCUACAGAUUCUGGUUUUCAAGAUCCUUUGGAGGAUGGUUUUAUGGUGGAGACUCUUCCCAUCAAUUCUCCUGUUAAAGGGGCAAUACUAAUGCCCGUAUUGGUAAACAAAUCUGAAUUGGUUUCCAGUUCCUCUUGUGGUAACACAGACGAUAGUACAAACAUGCAAUAUCGCAAUGGCAAUACUGGACAAUUUUCUCAACCCGAUCCUAGCUGUGAAACUGCUGAUGUUGAUUCACAUCCAACCCAAGUCCCUGGUGUUGCAUCACAUGCUACUGUUUCUUCUGAUAUUCCUUGUGAACCUGAACUUCAACUUUCAGUGUCUUUAGAUCCAUGUUUCAACUCCAACGUAGAAGAAUCUACGACUCAAGUCCCUGCGGGUGAUCUUGUUUCCGAACUCCAGUUUCCUGGAAAGGAAUCUGUUUCCAUCCGCGAUCUCAGUUUAGAAGGAAUUGGUGUGCAGAAUCGCAAUGGGACUAAUCUACUUUUAGCCCAAGUCCAUGAUCCUUCACAUGAUAGAGUCCCAACUGAUACCCCAUUCAGAUCAGACCUCCAAGUCCAAGUCCACUUAGAGAAGGAAUCUUUUUCUUCGGUGGAUGCACAUAACGACUCCAUGCUGGAAGAAAUUUAUGUGCAGAAUGGCUGUGAGACUACUAACAACACCAGUGAUAUCAUUUCACUUCAAGAUCAAGCUCCUAAGGCACCGUCCAACAAUAGCAUUUCUUCGGAUACACUUGGUGAACAUCAAUUCCAUUCCUCUGGACUGGAAUCUCUUGAGACUGGAAAAUACGUGGUGGUUAAAAACAAGAUUCAGAUUUCUGGAGGGAAAGAAGGUUCAAGUGAAAGGAAUACAAAAGAAGACGUUCUUGAAACAGGAAACCAUGGUGUUAAAUGGAGCAUAGAUUGAGCAUAUACAAAACCCAUGUACCUCAAGGGUGUUAUAGUAACUUCAUCACUCUUUUUUUGUUUUUCUAUGUUAUGUUCGGUUGAAAGGGUAUAUUUACUUGUUAUGUUGAUUCAAAUGUUCGAAUCCCUCCCCUUGUACGUACCAAGUAACAAAUCUUAAUAUGUUAAUCCUCAUACCAAUUAUUGUCUUUUUAAUGCAUCAAUUUCAUCU